CAUUUUACUCCAUCUAUCUCUCUCUUCUCUGUUUUUCUUCUAUACCAAUCUCUUUCUCUCUUCUUUCUUCAAGAACUUUCAAAGUUUACUCUUUUAUUCUCUAUUAGAGCAUGAGAUUGUUCUUAUAGUUAGUUAAAUGGAUAAAUCAAACCGUCACAAUCCUCUUCGGGAUCUGAGCUUUUCGCCGCCACCGCCGCCACCUCUCUUCCACCGUGUUAGCUCUACGGGGACGAGUUUUCCGAUCUUAGCCGUCGCGGUGAUUGGAAUCUUAGCCACAGCAUUUUUACUUGUAAGCUACUAUGUUUUUGUUAUCAAAUGUUGUCUCAACUGGCACCGAAUCGACAUUCUUCACCGAUUCUCCUUAUCUCGAAGGCGACGCAACGACCAAAAUCCUUUAAUGGUUUACUCUCCAGAGAUUAGAAACCGUGGUCUUGAUGAAUCUGUCAUUAGAGCAAUACCAAUCUUUAAAUUCAAGAAGAGAAAUGACCAAAACGGCGGCGUUUUUACGGGAGAAGGAGAAGAAGAGAAGAGUUCUCAAGAAUGCUCUGUUUGUUUGAGUGAGUUUCAAGAUGAGGAGAAGUUGAGGAUUAUCCCAAAUUGUUGUCAUUUGUUUCAUAUCGAUUGUAUCGAUGUUUGGCUUCAGAACAAUGCUAAUUGCCCUUUGUGUAGAGCUAGGGUUUCUUGUGACACAAGUUUCCCUCCGGAUCGGGUUUCUGCACCGAGCUCUUCUCCCGAGAAUCCGUUUGUGGGAUCUGGUACCGUUGUGUUAAGAGGUGAGAACGAGUAUGUGGUCAUUGAGCUGGGCAAUAGCAUCGGUAGUGACAGAGAUAGUCCGCAAAGCGGAAGGUUACUUAUGGAACAAGAAAGGUCAAAUUCAGGUCACCUACUCACCGAAAACACUCAAAAUUCGAUCCGUACAUCUCCAAAGAAGCUUGACCGUGGAGGGCUUCCAAGAAAACCCCGAAAGCUUCACAAGAUGACGAGUAUGGGAGACGAAUGCAUCGACAUAAGAAGAGUUAAAGACGAACAGUUCGGUAGUAUUCAACCCAUUAGAAGAUCAAUCUCAAUGGAUUCAUCGGCGGAUCGACAGCUUUACCUUGCGGUUCAAGAGGCGAUUCGUAAAAACCGCGAAGUUCCGGUGGUUGGAGACGGAGGAGGAUGUAGUAGUAGUAGUGGCAAUGUUAACCUCCGUAUGAAGUUUCUCGAUUUAGAGAUAUCAGAGAAAGGAGCAGGAGUUGACGUAUAUUACGGUCAUCUGGCACAGAACAUUGCUUUUGAAGGAUACCACUCAGUGAUAAUGGAAUCAGUUGGUUCUGAUAUUCAAGAUGUUGAAUGGUCUAAAAGCUGCUAAUUUUGGAUAUGCGUUUGUGUCGUUGACAACCAAGUGUUUGUUUGUCGGAUCAGAAAUUAGUGAACAAGCUAAUGUUAGGCAGACUUUUAUAAUACUUGGAAGACACUUAUCCAAUAAAUUAUUUUCUUGGAU